AAAGCAAGAUGUGUGUUUCAGCCUCCUCAUUCUAAGCCUUUUUGUCAUUUCUUUAUAAUAUUUAAUUUCACAGUGUUUUUUUCCUUUUUGUAUCCGUGGUGGCUUUGUGGCUUUUACAGUGUUUUGCUUCGUCUCUGACUCAUGCAGCAAAGAACUUUAUCAACUUGUUACAGAAAUGCCUGCUUGUCUGUUCCAGGUGUGACUGGCGGCAGUCUGACGUCCCGGACUGUGUGUAUGUCUGGAGAGCAGCAUUUGUCAUCACAUUAUAACCUCCACAACCUAUAUGGGUUGACUGAGGCCAUUGCUUCCCACGAUGCUCUGAUCAAGGUGACAGGAAAACGUCCAUUUGUGAUAUCGCGGUCCACGUUCCCCAGUCAUGGUCGUUAUGCUGGACACUGGACUGGGGACAUCUCAAGUGCUUGGAAUGACAUGUAUUAUACUAUCCCAGCAAUAAUGCUGUUUAACAUGUUCGGGGUUCCUCUUGUUGGAGCGGAUGUCUGUGGUUUCCGUUGGCCCACCACUGAAGAACUCUGUGUGCGUUGGACGCAACUUGGAUCAUUCUACCCAUUUAUGCGGAAUCACAAUGCCCUGCAUCAGCCGCCUCAGGAACCAUAUGUUUUCAGUGAAUCAGCACAAUCAGCAAUGCGGAAAGCCCUCUUCAAUAGAUAUAUGCUGCUGCCUUUCCUCUACACGCUCUUCCAUAAAGCCCACACUGCUGGAGAAAUGGUUGUUCGGCCACUGUCAUUUGAAUUCCCUCAAGAUCCAAACACACCAGGCAUUGAUCGUCAGUUCAUGUGGGGUGAGGCCCUUCUCAUCACUCCAGUUUUGGAAUCUAAAACAGUUGAGGUGUCUGGCUAUUUUCCUGCAGCAACAUGGUACAAUCUAUAUAAUGGUUCUUCAAUUCGUAGUAAGGGUCAGUAUGUUACACUACAGGCGCCCUUGGAUACAAUAAAUGUUCACGUACGAGGAGGCUGCAUUGUGCCUAUGCAGGAACCCAACACUACAACUGCUGUCUCUCGUGGAAACCCAUUUGGUCUGAUGGUGGCACUCUCUGAUCAGGGAAUUGCUAGGGGGGAUCUCUUCUGGGAUGAUGGUGAUAGUCUGCUGAGUUAUGAAAGUGGUGAUUAUACAGAAAUUAUCUUCCUGGCAAAAAAUAAUAUACUGUUCAGUGAAAUAAUCCAUCUGAACAGCCAGAUUGAUGGCCUGAAACUGAGCAGCAUCUUUGUCUUUGGACUUCCAUCUCCCCCACGGAAAGUUUCUGUUAAUGGAUUCUGGAUCACAGACUUCUCCUACAGAACAGACACACAGGUGCUGACUUUGCAGAAUCUGUCUGUUCUUGUGGGAGAGCCAUUUACAAUUACAUGGAUCUGAAGAAAGUGAUGUAAAAUCUGUUACCAAGAAAGCCUUCAGAACAUAAUAGAUUAUGCUCAUAAAACAGUGGUAAAGAAGGGAUAUGGAUUCUAGUUAUUAACUUGACAAAAAGUGCCGUAUAUCAUUUGAAAUUCAGUUAAUGAUGAAGAGAAAGUCUUUUGUGCUUGAACAGAAAUCUGAUUAAACUGUGUUGAAUAUUUUGGAUGGAUGGAGGUAUGGGAUGGGGAAGGGCUUGAAGGCUAGUGUUCUUCUUUGAAGAACAGUGACAAUCACAAAGGUACUCUGAAGUGUUACAACUAUGUGGAAAGGCCCACUCUGUUAACUGCCUUCAACAGACUCAUUGACCCAUUUGCACCACAGCUGUUUUUGCUGUUGUCUCUUGCACAGUCACAAGGAUAGCUGUUUUCUUUACCCACUCUGAUGAUUCCCUGAAUGCCUUGGGAAAAAUGUCAAUAGAUCUGGAGACUAUUUCUUAAUGUUUCAGCGUUACUAGCCACUACUAUUCAAUUAGCUUUUCUUAAUUUUUGGACCUCCAUGAUACUUUAUGCAAAGGAUUUUAUCUGAGUUGGUUGAUCAUAUUCAAUUGGUAAUAAUUUUCUGAAAGCAGGGGGAUUGGUGGCAGUUUUUACUUGCAGAUAUUUUUGAUCAGGUUUUUAGUGGAGUUAUUUGUUAAAAUUAAUGGUGCUUCUUUGGUUGUAACUAUGCAAUUAGUUGCAUGCUAUAUUGAAUUUUUUGGGUUUUUAAAUUAUCAAAUAAUAACUACAAACCAAUCCUAUUACAUAACAGGAAUCACUCUUCAGUGUAAUUUGUGGUAAUUUGGAAAAUUUCUAGCAAACAGGAUGGCUUGUUAUAGAAGUGAAAAUUCUGUUUGGAAGUUAUUCAUUGAGAGAUCAUUGUUGAUAAGACAAAUUCACUGAAUCAUCAAUAACUAGCAAAACAGAAAGCAAUGCAGGAAAUCAAAAUUAUUUUACUUGCCAAUUAUGACCUGUAAUGCAUUGCCUUGAGAGGAGAAUGGAAGCAAUUUCACUGGUAAGGUUCAAGAAGGAAUAAAAUCAAAGUUGCUGGAAAAGCUCAGCAGGUCUGGCAGCAUCUAUGAAGGAGAAAAGAGUUAACGUUUCGGGUCCGGUGACCUGGACACUGGACCCGAACCGUUAACUCUGUUUCUUCCUUCACCGAUGCUGACAGACCUGCUGAUCUUUUCCAGCAAAUUUGUUUUCGUUCCUGAUUUACAGCAUCCACAGUUCUUUUGGUUUUUAUUAGGUUCAAGAAGGAAUUGGAUACCUGUUUGAAAGGGAAGCAUUUUAUAGGGGGCUGAGGGACUAAUUGGUAAUUAAUUACGAAAUUCAACAGAUAUGACAGGCUGAAUGAUGCUAUGCUCAAGAUUCAAUGCUGAGAGUGAAUCUAACCAUUACCAAUGCAAACAAUCGCUUCAGUUCUAUGUGAAAGAAGAAACUUUGUUGCAUUAUGCACUCCUACUGAAUUAUUACCUUUUUGAAAGUUGAAUGCAUGCAUUUACAACUUCACAUGAGAGUAUGUUAUUGCAUUUAUGGCUGUUUGUGCUCAUUUUGGAACCGCACACCAUUUGGAGGGUAGGUAUAAUUCAACAAGUUCUAUAGAGUCAGGAUGCUAUUUGCAGCUUAGCAUUAUUUGCUGCAUUUUACAGUUUACAGGGGAAAUAAGAAAUUUGUACAAUUUUUGAAACCACUUGAUCAGCACCCUGGUUUGAAAAGAAAAGUGAUCUUUUUACAGCAGCGAACUGCUUCCUGAUCAAGAUUCUGGUGUAUAUAGGCAGAAAGAGCCUCCACGGUGAGUUACAAACUAGCAUAAUGUGUAAAUAAUAAACUGUUUUCCUUAACCCAUAUGAUGUUGUUGGGAGUGAAGUAUUUUACAUUUAAAGAACUUAUGUCGAAGCUGUUAGAUUUUUAAUGGCACAACAAAAUCAUCCACUGUACUUUUUGUCGUAAGUGCCUAUUUAAAAACUAUAAAUACUUGAGUUUUGUGAGUUCUUAACAUUCUAUAAAAAUAAAAAUUUAUUUUAAUAUUGGA